UUGUGGACCAACUUCUGUUGAAAGAUGGUCUUCUCUAUCGUCGAUGUCAGUUCAAAAACAGGUCCAGUACCAGACGCAAAAGUACAGCGACCCGAGUCCUACGCAAUGGAGGUCAAGACAAGGUUAGAGGAGGCCUUUGAGGUGGCGAGACAGCAUGUUGACGGGCAGCAGAAACGACACAAGAAACUGUAUGACAGUCGUUUGUAUGGAAGUCCAUACAAGCCUGGAGAUAGCGUGUGGCUGUUCUGCCCGGCGAGAUACAUCGGACUCUCUCCAAAGCUCAGAAGUCAGUGGAGGGGACCUUGCAAAGUUCUCAAGAAGUUUUCUGACGCGAACUACCUAGUCCAAGUACCGAGUACUACUCGCCAGCGUCAAGUCGUCCACUUUGACAGACUGAAGCCGUGUACUCUGAGGGAAGGCGACAAUCCCGUGAUCCAGGGCGAAACUCAGGCUGACAGACAGCCAACCGGUUGGUCCGGAACUACCGAUGGAGAAUUCGCAAGCUGGACUGACUCUGACGAUUUUGGCCAAGUCGUUGGGGACAUUACAACCGGGGAUCCAACUCAAGAGGACAACACCUUCUGUCAUCGUCGGACCCGAGCUGGACGAGUAACGCGACCUCCCAACUGGAUGAGAGACUUUGUAUCUUAAAUUCCCUGUUCUCUGUAUCUUUUAUUGUGAUAAAUCUUGUUUAACUGUUCCAAGUCAUUAGAGAUCCUGUGUAAAACCGUACCAUUAAUCAUUGUGUAAAAAAACAAAAAAAACAAAAAAAACAAAAAACAGCAACAUUACGGUGAAUUUGGAAUGUUAACAUCUGUAGAGCACACCAUGAGAUUUUUGUGUUAUUACUUAGUAAAUUUUAGUUGACCCAUGUAAUUGUUUUCUAGUAUAUUUUCGUUAAACUUUUGAAAAAAAAAAAACAAGUUGAACAAGUGUUUUCAAAAUAUGCCGAUAUUGAUAAUAUCGAAGAUUUAAUUGAAGAAGAAGAAAAAAAAAA